AUGUUGGCGGGCAGAACGGGAUCGUUCCUGCCAAACCUCGCCGCAGAGCCCAGCCGGGAGCUUUAUAACGCCACUGGCCGUGUUCUCGAUCACCAAGGACCGACACAUCGCGGUGUAGUCUCUCGGGCCUACCGCCAGUCCAUCAAACGCUCCGAAGCAUUCUCUGCAAAGGCCCCCUCAGUAGACGUCAAGCUGGCGACCGUUGCAGCAAAGAAGGCUAAGAAGGGUGAGGAGGAGGAGCAGCCUGCAGCUCCUGCAGCUGAAACAGCGGCGGCAGCAGCGCCAGAGACAGCAGCACCACCCCCUGCAGAUCAACCUGCAGACGCACCUCCACCUGAGGAGGAGGAAGAGGAGGAGUAUGUAGUGGAGAAGGUUCUGGACCGUCGAGUGGUGAAGGGAAAAGUGGAGUUCCUGCUGAAAUGGAAGGGCUUCUCAAACGAGGAUAACACAUGGGAGCCGGAGGAGAACCUGGACUGCCCGGACCUCAUCGCAGAGUUUAUGACAAAAUACAAAGAGAAUCAGGAGAAGAAGAAGGAGGGCAAGAGGAGAGCUACCACUGAGGCCUCGGGAGACUCUGAAGAGCGAGGGAGCAAGAGGAAGAAGGAGGAGGGUGAGAAGGCUCGAGGGUUUGGCAGAGGUCUGCAGCCGGAGAGGAUCAUCGGUGCGACGGACUCCAGUGGAGAGCUGAUGUUCCUCAUGAAGUGGAAGAACUCAGACGAGGCCGACCUCGUCCCAGCCAAGGAGGCGAACGUCAAGUGUCCCCAGGUGGUGAUCUCCUUUUACGAGGAGCGCCUCACCUGGCACUCCUACCCCACUGAGGAGGAGGAGAAGAAAGAGGAGGAGAAAAAGGACUAGAUGAUUGAGAAUGGAGAAGAAGAAAGGGGCAGGGCAGGAAAUCAACAACAUGCUGGUGAACUGCAAUCCAGGUUUUUGUUUCUAGCAGCAACUUUGGCAGCGAUGGCGGAGAAAAGCUGCCAGUGUAGCUGCGAGAGAGGAGGAGUUUGUUUUCCUGCCCUGAGAGGAGACGUGGCCUUUCCUCAAAAGAUGCUCCCGCCUGUAUCUGGUCUGAAAAUGUAACGUCUUUCACAGAGGUAUGUUGGCAUCCAGACUUGAGUUUUUCCUUCACCAGAAGCAUGUCGCUUGAUGGGAAUUGGUGCCUUUUGAUCAGCUAGUUUUCCUUCUUGGCAUUACCAGCCGAGUAUUUAGAACUUAUUUCAGUAAAUUCACUAAAAACCGUGUUUGUGCUACAUUUGGUGACAUGUGCCUGGUGUUGGAAAAAACUGAAACACAAUACAAGUUGUCUCGCUGCCUCUUGAUCGAACGUUCAUGUCUGAAUGUGUAACCGUGGCUGGAUAGUUUCUCUCCUCACAAAUCACCAGUCCCCUCAUAUUAAACCUUAAGAAGCGUUUAUUGGCUGGUGGUCUGUGAUGGAUAACCACGACAAACGUUCUCCCUGCUGCGUCAGGAUACAUUGGAGGGAACUUCUUUUGGAAGGUAACAAAACGAGAUGAAACACCGGUUUUCUUUGUGCCACCUGGAUUCUCAUUAUCGCUGACGUAGCGCUGUUACAGUACACUUCUGAAAUCUUUAGCUUCACGUAUCUGAGCGACCGCUGCAGCACGCAGCCAGCUGAUGUUUGAACGCCCUGAUUUUUAUUUUUUUGAAAGUUUGCGUUGUUCCAGCCAUGAUGAUCUGCCAAAAGCUUGGACUACACGUGCAGUUUGGUUCUUAAAUGACAGCUAAGUUUGUAUUUUAACAAGCUAGGGGUUAAGACUUCUGUGAUAUUUCAGCAGCAGCUUUCCUCUGUUUUUUAACAUUCUUCUGCAUAAUUUCCAUAAAAAAGGCAUGUAUUUUUGUUGCUGCUCUUUCCUUUAUGUGUUAUUUCCUCAAACGUCACUCCUACAGGUGGAGUCGGUACUCGUAAUUAACGUCGCUGGGUUCACAUGUAAGAGGAGAAAACUGUGUUGGAGUACAGAUUUCAGUUUUUGCCCAGGCAGCUGCGGUUGGAUUAAUCCUCAGACUUCUUUUAUGCAAAGUGAGUAAUUUUGUUGAAUUAGUUUUUAAAAAUGGGAGAGAUGUAUUAGAAUUGUUUUUAGAUAUACACCAAUCAAAACUCACUUCUCUUUUAGAGCAGAGAAGUUUAAAAACAGCGAAUGCCGUUGUGAAGUUUGUAAUCUGAAAGCCUCCGCUGUAGUCGAUACUGAAUAUUCUUUGAGAGUUUUUUGCAGUCUCAAGUGCUGUGUCAGUCCGGCUCUUUCUUAAAACUGAACUGAGGCUGGUUGGUGACCUGCAGUGGCUGGUAGAUCAUACAGGCAGCUAGGCAUCUAGCUGGGCGUAAUUUCCCAAAAUGCCCCUGGUUGCCUUUAUUAUUUAGCUGCGUACGUGUCGCUCAGUCUCAGCGUUAGAAGCUAACAUGUUGAUCCUCCACGGUUUGAACCAAAACUUCUACCUAAUGAUUUAACAGUGAAGAAAUGAUCCGGCUACCUUUUCAGUGACUUGUCAGCUGUUUGUAAACAUAUUCUCUUGUUUAAGUAUUCUGUAUUAAAGGUAGAGUAGUAGCCUCUUGUGUUUCCAGACCCAGGUCGGCUGAUUACAUUCCCUCAACGGUUUUCAUAAGUUUGCCUUUAACUGCUGGAAAUGACCCUGAAAACUGUACACUGAAUUCUAAAACGAUGUUCUCGCCCGGCUCCACUUCAGUAUUCAGAUUUUGUGACUGCCUCCUGUUUCACCUCUGACAGGUAGGGAUUCAAAUGAGCUGCUCUGGGUCUGCCUUUUAGCGUUUCUAUCUCCUUGUGUCUAAACUUUUCUCUGUAUUUAGCGGACUAGCUUGUGUUGUCCUGUUGCAUGUUUAUCGGUUUGUCACCAUCUUGGCUGAUCUACUUUAAAUUGUCCAUUUUGACAAUAAAGGUUUUUUGUUUUCGUAAA